GCUGCAAAAAGUUUCAUGUUAGAGAGAGAUGGCUAGCUUUUCAUCUUCCUUUAUUUGAAGCUACUUUUUAUAAGCAGCUGAGAGGAGGAAAAGAAACAGUACUUAGCCAACCAGAAUCAGAGAGCAUAAGCGAAGAGCUUUUCUGGGUUUUGAUUUCUUCUCAGUAGGGUUGAAACAUAUAUGUAUAUAUAUUUAUAUCAUCUAGUCAUCCGUUAAAUUUAACAUAUAUAUAUAUACACAUACCCAUCUUGGGAUUUUCAUCAAAUCAUUAUAAUAUAUAUAUGGAACCUGCAAAUCUCCAUCAUCCCCAGCACCAUCUCCAAGAACAGCUUGCUGGAUAUUAUUCUUCUUUAUUACUUCAACCAGAUUAUUAUAUGUUUUCAAACCUCAACAACAUGCAUCCAGGUUUCAUUUUGGAUUCUUGGGCAACUAAUAGAUCUUCCAAUAUCUGUGGUCAAGGCUUGAUGGGUUUCCCUCAACAAUCUGCUAAUGAGUUUCUACUUGCAAAUAUCAAGGAAGAGAUGCCAGAUUCCUUCCCCAAGCUGAGUGAAGUGGCAUACACCAGUCCUUGUAACAUAGAGGAAUCUCAUUCUUUAUCAACAAAAACCCAAUAUCCUCAUGAGCUUGGCGAUCAUAAUCACUUCCUCACCAGCAAUGGUACUAGCUUCUCUUCUGGCCACCGCCACCACCAUAUCCCAGAACUUCAGCUUUCGGCCGGAGAGCUGCCAUACAUUAAUAGCGGUCAAAACUCAGCAAGUCUUGAAAACUCAUCAUCUGCUUCUAACAGAUAUGAUUUCAGGCAUAGUACUCUACAAAGUUUAAAAAGCUCAAACUCGAAUUCGUGUUUUUCGCUUCUUUCAAACUCUCUGGACCUGAACUUGCAAGUUUUGGAUCUUCUAAACCCUACAUAUGGUGCUGCUUCACCAAAUAGUCAUGGUCAUUAUUUCAUGGGACAACUUAAAGAUAGUCCAUCAAGCAGCUCCAACAAAGCCUCAAUCAUUGAAGAUGGAAUUGACAGAAAAAGGAGAUAUAACAGUAGUUUUCCCGAGUCCAAGAACUUUUCUGUAGAAGCUAAAAAGCAUAAGCCCGCAUCACAACUUUCAUCCCCUCCAUCCAAGGUAAUUAAGAAAGAGAAAAUAAGGGAGAAGAUUGCAACUCUUCAAAGGUUAGUGGCACCUUAUGGUAAGACAGAUACUGCCUCUGUGUUGACAGACACUAUUGGGUAUAUACAAUUUCUUCAUGACCAAGUGAAGACAUUGAGUGUACCUUAUAUGAGGCCAAGACAAAGCAAGCUAACUAGAACAGUGAAAGAGAGUUUGAGCAAGGAAGACGGAAAGGGACAACCAAAGAGAGAUCUUUUAAGUAGAGGGUUGUACCUCGUACCUACACCUUAUGCAUCAUUCAUCGAUAGUUACAAUGGUGGAAUCUAAAGUUCAAAUGCAAGCAUAUUAUCCAUAAGAGAAAAUAAUGUUGAGACUAAACCGAAAUUCAGGACUUGUAAUGGGUUCAAGGCUAAUUUACAACUUCGUCAGGAAUCUGUGAAAUCAAGCUUGCUUGUUAUCAUGUUGCUUAAAAAAUUUUACUCCUUGGAUCAAAGUGAUAGAUGUACAUCCAGACAACAUGUGUAUGCUAAUUGUAAGAACUAGCUAGGGGCAAAUGCAACAAUCAUUGUGAAUAGAUUUGGAGUAGGAGUUUAAAUUUUUCUGGUCAGUGUUGUUCAGAAUAUAAUAUUUGAACUCAGAAGUCAUGCUUGCUGA